AUGGCAUCUGAGACUUGGCCAAUAGGCCAAAAAGGAAAACAGCACAGAAUGAGUUUCCAAAAGGGGACUCACCUGGCUGAAAAAGGGUUAGACUAUAUUCAUGCAGACCGUGGGGUCCUGAAAGGGUUAGGACACAGGAGGAAAUGUUAUUUCCUCUCCAUUGUGGAUGACUAUAGCAGAAAGUAUCCCGAACUCAGCUCAUAUACCUUAGCCCACAUUGCUGUUAAGUUCUCUGAGAUCUUGACCAAGAUUGACAGACGAUCUGGCAAGGAGCUUGAGAAGGAGCCCAAGUUCUUGAAGAAUGGUGAUGCUGGGUUCGUUAAGAUGGUUCCAACCAAGCCCAUGGUUGUCGAGACAUUCUCUGAGUACCCUCCCCUUGGUCGUUUUGCUGUUAGGGACAUGCGUCAGACAGUGGCUGUUGGUGUCAUCAAGAGUGUCGACAAGAAGGACCCAUCAGGUGCCAAGGUCACCAAAUCUGCAGCUAAGAAGAAGUGAGGUGUUUUGGAGGUCUAUGGUAGCUAGGCGUAUUUUCUGUUCUGUUUAAUGUUGUUUUUGUGGACAGUUUUUAUAUGCAUAUCCAUUACAGUACCGCUAAAGUUGAGCAGUUGGAUAUCAUCUGGUGCUCAACUGGUUGUGAUGGAAGUCGGGAUUUGCUUUUCUUGAUUUGGUUUUAUAGGCUCUAAAAUGAGUUCUUGUGUUACUGAACCAAAUCCCAAAAUGUUAAAACAUCAUGGUUUCAAUUUUAUGGCUAAUGCUGCAUUGCUAAAUUGAGUUAUUUAGUUUUGUUAA